AUGCGCGAAAGUCUCUAUGGCACGAUAAAGGAAGUCCCAGCUGAGCGUCAUCACAGCCCUUCUCCUACGGUGCGCUUUCACAGCCCCCGGACGCGUGAGGAAGGUCGACCCAAGGCGGUACUGACCACUUUAACGCUCUUCGGAGUCAUGUACGCGUCCACCAUUAGCGGUGGAUACGGCAUGGAGGACUCCGUCCGCGCUGGAGGUCCACUGCUAUCCAUCGUUUUUCUCUGUCUGAUCCCGUUUGCGUGGGGUAUACCCGUAUCACUUUGUGUUGCUGAGCUAUCCUGCGCCAUCCCAUCGAAUGCGGGACCUGCAAUGUGGGUGAACUGCGCGUUCCCAUCCUGGGUUACCUUCACGACGGUCAUAUGGACCACCUUCCUUAGCACGGUAGAUAACAGCUUGUAUCCGGCGAUUCUCGCGGAUUACUGCACGGUGCUCUUUGAUUUUGACUGGAUUGCUAAGAUUUUCGUAAAGAUUGGUUUCUUAAGUCUUUGUAUGAUCAUCAACAUAGUCGGCUUCAGACUUUUAGGUCCCCUUAGUGUUUUCAUCGUGAUCAUCACGCUAGUUCCGUUCAUUCUCAUGUUUGUUUUACAGUUGCAGAACGGCUUGAGUUGGGAGCGAAUCAGCUAUGUGCCUGAGGCGGUCGACUGGGCCCUCUUCUUACCGGUCGUUACGUGGAAUUUUUCUGGUUUCGAGGCGGUAGGAAACGUCAUUGAGGAGGUACAAAAUCCGAACUCUACGUACAUCCGCGCGCUUGUGCUAAUGAUCAUAGCUUCACUUUUCACCUACAUUCCCCCUAUUCUAGCCGGGGCGAGCGUCAAAGCACUCGAAUCAGUACCCUUUGAGGACUGGGAUGACGGCUUCUGGGUGAAGGUUGGGGGCGCCGUCGGUGGGACCCCGCUAGCAGCCACGGUGCUCUUUGGCGGUGCCAUGUCGAUGUUUGGUCUUAUGACAACACUAAUAGCGACCACAUCGCGGUCCCUAGCUGGUAUAGCUGGGAUCAAUGCCUUUCCAAGCUUCAUUUCGAAUUGGCUGCAAAAAUACUCGAUGACGUUCAACGCACAUGUCAAUGCCAUCGUUUUAAACACGAUUUUAACUGGGACUCUUUCAAUCUUCUUCACCUUCAAGACUUUGGUGCAGGUGGACCAGGUGCUCUACGCCUUGCGACUCGUCACCAUCUUGUUCGCUUUCCUAAAGCUGCGCUUUCGCCAGCCCCUGCUCGAGCGACCCUACCGAGCACCGGGUGGGAACUUCGCGGCCUGCUUAUGGGCUGGAAUCCCGAUCAGUUUUAGUCUCUUUUUGAUCGCCAUGACAAUGGCAGGAAAUUCUUUAAUUAUGUACAGUAGUACUAUAUUAGUCCUUGGGACGAUUCUGAUAUCCGUCGUGACGGUUCGAUUUUUCAAGCGCGAUGGGUUUGAAGGGUCACUUGUGGAGGUGUAUGAAGAUCCUGAUAUGCAAGCAUAUGGGUCACUUCUCGGUAUUGAGUCUGAGCAGUGGCGGAAAUUUCAUCCAACUAGUAUCUUUAUUGAGCAUCCACCCACAAUAAACUAUGAGCGAUUUGAAAGCACCCGUUAG